GUCAUCCUCUUGGGUGCAAUUUGUACAUUAGGAUACUUUCUUGACCAUGCCAGUUUUUCACUCAAACUGGAAGGGGGAACGAUAAACUCGUUUGACCAUUUCGAGAAAAAGCGCUUGGAUUUUGGAAUGUAUGUUAUCGUUAUUGUUUGGUUACUGGUGACUGGAUUUGUUGCUCUGUUUAUUAGUGGUCUGCAUCAGAAAGUUAAAUGUCUCCACUGGCCUUUAACU